UGGCCAGUGUCUUGCAGACGAUUACCAAUGAGCGAAGAUACUUUCUCGCGACCUGAUUAGCGGGCCUUUUCGGUUCUCAGUUGUGUGCCCGAAUCUAGUGUAAACACCGUGCUAUCCCCAUGUGUUGGCCAAACCAUACAGCCCUCCCCUGUGUCCCCCAACAUGAAGGACGGCAUCCACCCUCCCCGGACGGGUGUCGACCCUUGUUGGCCCUACAUCAUUCUAGGUGUAUUUGACUCAUGGAUAACCCCGCUCCUGAAUUAGUGCUCACGGGGUUAUACCGUCGACAGGCCUCGUUGUUCGUAUAAGACCGCUGCGGUGCCGUACGAACUACCGCUGGGUGCAGUGGUCUUGAUCUUCAACUGUUCAGCCUGCUUUGCGACUGGAUUAACAGCUCAUCAUGGACGAUAAAACACACGUCGAACCUGAGAGCCCUCACGUCGAACAUCUUGGGGACCAAGAGCCAUGGCACGGCAUGUCCGUCCGCCGCUAUCUGGGUACACGCUUUACCACCCUCAAGCCGCCUAUGCUGAGUGCGCCGAACCCGUUGAGGCUGAUCAAGAUGAUCAAUGGAAGGCAAUGGGCAUUCUUCGCUGUCGCCUUCGCUGCCUGGACCUGGGACGCCUUCGACUUCUUCACCGUCUCCCUCACCAUCACCGAACUCUCCGAGACUUUCGAUAAGUCCAAGACCGACAUCACCUGGGGAAUCACAUUGGUGCUUAUGUUCCGAUCCGUCGGGUCUAUCCUCUUCGGUAUCGCAGCAGAUCGCUACGGCAGAAAAUGGCCCUUCGUCGUGAACAACCUCCUCUUCAUCAUCCUUGAGCUAGGCACUGGCUUCUGCCAAACCUACGAACAAUUCCUGGCAUGUCGCGCCCUCUUCGGAGUCGCCAUGGGAGGUCUGUACGGCAAUGCGGCAGCCACCGCUCUUGAAGACCUUCCAGCAGAGACACGUGGAAUGAUGUCCGGUGUUCUACAACAAGGUUAUGCUUUCGGGUACCUAUUGGCUGCGGCCUUUGCCCGAGGGCUGGUCAACACGACCCCGCACGGCUGGCGCCCGCUCUUCUGGUUCGGAGCCGGUCCGCCAGUUCUCUUCAUCGCGUUCCGUCUGAUGCUGCCCGAGACCGACACGUUCAUUGAGCACAAGCGCAUCCGCGAGGCAGCUGGCCGACGCGCUGAGGAGGCGGGGCAUACAAGCGUCACCUCGACCUUUUUGAAGGAGGGUAAAGUGGCUCUGCGCAGGCACUGGUUGCUCUUGACCUACCUGGUCCUCCUCAUGGCCGGGUUCAACUUCAUGUCGCACGGCAGCCAGGAUCUGUAUCCCACUAUGCUGACGAACCAGUUCAACUUCAAUGCCGACAUGGUCACUGUCACGCAGGUCGUCGCGAAUCUGGGAGCCAUGCUGGGUGGCACAACUGUCGGCUACUGCAGUCAAAUCUUUGGUCGACGCUUCAGUAUCAUGGUCUGCUGCAUCGUGGGCGGUGCCUUACUGUACCCUUACACCUUCGUUACGACGGAGGCAGUCAUGGCCGCCGCCUUCUUUGAGCAGUUCUGCGUGCAGGGUGCCUGGGGCGUCAUCCCUAUUCACCUCAUGGAACUCAGCCCUGGCGCGUUCCGCACGUUUGUCGUCGGUACAUCGUACCAGCUGGGUAACCUUGUCUCGUCGGCUAGUUCCACCAUUGAGUCCCGGCUCGGCGAGAAUUUCCCUCUCACACCAAAGGGCACGACGAAGCGUUACGACUAUGGUAAGGUCAUCUGCAUCUUCAUGGGCUGUGUAUUUGCCUACGUGUUGUUGUUGACCUUUAUCGGUCCCGAACACCUGCGACGCAGCUUUGACGUGGCUGAUGAUUCGGAUAUGAGAGAGGUUGCUGGAGAUGAGAUGAUAGAGGAUGAGCUUCACAAUCGCGAGGGCCGAACCGGUCACCUUGCGCACAGUGACGAGGAAUUGGGACACCAAGAGAAGUCGGCUACUCACCGGGAAUAAGCUCAGACCACAGCAUAAGGUCAUGCCGUAGCUCACAAAUUGUAGUUGAGAUAAUCCGAUGGUUCAAUCCCGCACUAAAAUCAGAGUCCGUUGAAAGCAUACCACGAAGCGAACCUUCAUUAGAAGUCAAUGGCCAUGGUAAAUUCCGUAUCGUACCUCACAAUAAGUAAGAUUCCCGCGCCUGGAGUGGUGGCUGG